AUGCAAAAAUUUGCUAACACCAGACUGGACGGCUUCCCCAAUAUCUCGGCUUAUUGUCAAGCCCUUAAAACGCUCUCCGACCAACUUGCUAAUGUUGAUGCCGCGGUAACUGAUGAGCGGCUCGUUCUCCAACUCAUCGCUGGUUUGAAUGAUCAAUAUGAGGGCAUUGGCACCAUCAUCACUCAACAGCGCCCACUACCCUCGUUUUACAAUGCCCGCUCUCAACUUAUACAGGUUGAAACCCGCAAGAAUGAGCAAGCCAUGUUAGCCUCCAAAACCGCCUUUACCGCUCUCACCGCACAAACAACCCGUCCCACCACUGACUACACUCGGUCACCCACUGAAUCAUCCCGUGGCCGUGGACGCUCUGGUCGUCGAGGCCGUGGCCGAGGAACCUAUGGCCGUGGACGCCCCUUCCAUUCAACCUACUACCCACCCCAACCACACUACCCAUGGGCAUCGUAUUGGCCCAAUCCUCCUCAACACCCCUCGGCCCAACACCACCCUUACGGCCCAUCUCCGCAGCCCAACUCUUGGCCUGCUCCACCUUGCCCCUACCCUUCAACCAACCGGUCCAACUUUACCACAUCCCCACAGUCGCAAGCCGGCCUUCUCGGCCCACGUCCUCAUCAGGCCCACACUGCAUACAGCCCGACUGACAUCGAACAGGCCUUAUACACCAAGUCGUUAUAG